GGCGGCGCCAUUAAAGCGAGGAGGAGGAGGCGGAGGAGGGCGAGAAGUGGCCGCUGCCGCCGCCGCUGCUUGACUUGAAUUCUUUUCUUUCUUUUUUUUUUUUUUGUUUUUAAUUAAAAAGAAAAAAAAAACAAAAAACCUCCAGCGCGGCCGGGGAGAGCGGGAGUGCGCGCUGCGCCGAGAGCGUGGGCGGCGAGGGGGGCCAGGCCGGGGAGAGAGGCGCAGGAGCGGAGCCCUCGGCAGCCACGCGCGCGCCCGGUCCUGUGUGUGUGUGUGUGUGCGCGGCGUGUGCCUCGCGAGCAGGGAGCGCGGGCGCGCGGCGACGGCGGCGGCGGCGGGGAUCACUUUGCUGCUAGUUUCGGUUCGCGGCAGCGGCGGGUGUCGUCUCGGCGGCGGCGGCGGCAGUAGCACGAUGUCGGAGGAGCAGUUCGGAGGGGACGGGGCGGCGGCGGCGGCAACGGCGGCGGUAGGCGGCUCGGCGGGCGAGCAGGAGGGAGCCAUGGUGGCGGCGGCGGCGGCAGGGGCAGCGGCGGCGGCGGGAAGCGGGAGCGGCGGCGGUGGCGGCGGCGGCUCUGCGGCCGGAGGCACCGAGGGAGGCAGCGCCGAGGCCGAGGGGGCGAAGAUCGACGCCAGUAAGAACGAGGAGGAUGAAGGCCAUUCAAACUCCUCCCCACGACACACUGAAGCAGCGACGGCACAGCGGGAAGAAUGGAAAAUGUUUAUAGGAGGCCUUAGCUGGGACACUACAAAGAAAGAUCUGAAGGACUACUUUUCCAAAUUUGGUGAAGUUGUAGACUGCACUCUGAAGUUAGAUCCUAUCACAGGGCGAUCAAGGGGUUUUGGCUUUGUGCUAUUUAAAGAGUCGGAGAGUGUAGAUAAGGUCAUGGAUCAGAAAGAACAUAAAUUGAAUGGGAAAGUCAUUGAUCCUAAAAGGGCCAAAGCCAUGAAAACAAAAGAGCCCGUCAAAAAAAUUUUUGUUGGUGGCCUUUCUCCAGAUACACCCGAAGAGAAAAUAAGAGAGUACUUUGGUGGUUUUGGUGAGGUUGAAUCCAUAGAGCUCCCCAUGGACAACAAGACCAAUAAGAGGCGUGGAUUCUGUUUUAUUACCUUUAAGGAAGAGGAACCAGUGAAGAAGAUAAUGGAAAAGAAAUACCACAAUGUUGGUCUUAGUAAAUGUGAAAUAAAAGUAGCCAUGUCGAAGGAGCAGUAUCAGCAACAGCAGCAGUGGGGGUCUAGAGGAGGGUUUGCAGGAAGAGCUCGUGGAAGAGGUGGUGGCCCCAGUCAAAACUGGAACCAGGGAUAUAGUAACUAUUGGAAUCAAGGCUAUGGCAACUAUGGAUAUAACAGCCAAGGUUACGGUGGUUAUGGAGGAUAUGACUACACUGGUUACAACAACUACUAUGGAUAUGGUGAUUAUAGCAAUCAGCAGAGUGGUUAUGGGAAAGUAUCCAGGCGAGGUGGUCAUCAAAAUAGCUACAAACCAUACUAAAUUAUUCCAUUUGCAACUUAUCCCCAACAGGUGGUGAAGCAGUAUUUUCCAAUUUGAAGAUUCAUUUGAAGGUGGCUCCUGCCACCUGCUAAUAGCAGUUCAAACUAAAUUUUUUCUAUCAAGUUCCCGAAUGGAAGUAUGACGUUGGGUCCCUCUGAAGUUUAAUUCUGAGUUCUCAUUAAAAGAAUUUGCUUUCAUUGUUUUAUUUCUUAAUUGCUAUGCUUCAGUAUCAAUUUGUGUUUUAUGCCCUCCCCAACCCCCAGUAUUGUAGAGCAAGUCUUGUGUUAAAAGCCCAGUGUGACAGUGUCAUGAUGUAGUAGUGUCUUACUGGUUUUUUAAUAAAUCCUUUUGUAUAAAAAUGUAUUGGCUCUUUUAUCAUCAGAAUAGGGGAAAACUGAAAAUGUUUUGUCUUGGACUCAAGUCACUAGAAGCGUAAAUUUGGAAAAAAAAAACAGUAAACUUUGUCUGAUUGAGGGCAUGGUUAAAAUUGUAGUGAAAUUUUAAAUGUUUUUAGUAAAAUCUGAUUUUACCCAAGAAUCCCUGUCUGAAUUAGAAAUGACUUAAUGUAG